AUGGAUAUCCAUGGCGAAGAUGAGCCUGCAAAUAUCUUUGCAGACAACACAAUUCUUGACUGUGACAUGCCAGCGUCGCACAAGUGUAAUGGAACCGUGGGACACAGCCACGAUUUUCACCCUUGCGCAUUCUGCGAUGUUGACAUCGUGAAAGUCAAUACUCCAGAGGGCUACGAUAACUCCUGUACUCCCAAAGAUGAUUAUCAAAUGCUCCGACAAAGUUUCUAUUCAAAGGACGCUACCCAGGCACGUCAAGAUGCAAUCCUGAAGGAUUUUGGAGUUCGAUGGUCCAUUCUCAAUCUCAUAUUGGGCUGGCUACCAUCUAAAAAGUCGGUACUCAACUUCAUGCAUGCCAUCUUCUUGGGUAUCAUCUCACACUUAUUCAUUAUUGGAGGCAUCAACUCUCCGAGACGAAGGUUUGAGGAGAUUAUCAACGCAUUGUACUGUGGUGGUCUUGGAGAGACGAGAAUGACUGAGAUUCCAGACAAGGAACCUCCCCUUCCACCAAACACAGUUCAACCUGACUUUUCACGCAACUGUCGCUCACUUUAUCAGACCAUCCUUCUUCUCUGCACAGAUGCUCGGGUCGGACAGAGUUUCAUCUCGCACUAUUGUCUAGAAUCCCUUCAGCUUCAGCAUUCCCCUGACAAUCAAUCACCACACAUCAAUGCACAUAUCCGAAAUGAUCCAAAAGCAUGCUCGAACGUGUCCAUCAUAACGGUCAUGACGGAGGCUAUGCACCUCAUAUAUGAGUACCUCCUUGCUCUUCCCCCAGACACCUGUCCCUUUGAGCAAGAGCAAAUUAAUCGAAUCAUUAAAGUUCAAGCACAGACCCGAGGAAGUAUGAUGUCACAGAUCGCUGUCUAUCACAGCAAGGCUGCCGAAGAUAAUGUCCGUUUACCUCUGCAAGCAGCAAAAUUCAUCGAUUUACGACUAUGGCCUCAACUUCGACUCAUUAAUGACUUGUCUCAUGAUGAUGGCACUCCUUUCCUCGCUAGCAAGGUGGCUCGAUGGGAUACGCUAUGGCUGCACUAUGAACCAUCGCACGCAGAGUGA